UCCAGGCUCCUUUCCGAGGCUUGCGCCAGAAGUGGAGGAGGGGAUUUGCCAGGUGAUGGCGCAUCUUUGGCUGGAGAAGCAGGCUGCGAAGGAAGGUGUGGCCACCACCGGCAGGAGUGAAGCAAGGGCUGCUGAGGGUCAUGACAGGGGAGCAUCGAGCUCUAACGGAGGUGGGCAGAAGGGGCGGCUUGUUGAGUUUUUCCUUCACCAGAUACGCAAGGAUUCGUCACCAGUCUACGGUGGAGGAUUUCGUGCUGCAAAUGCUGCAGUCGCCGAAUUUGGUCUUCAAAGAACCCUGGAGCACAUCAGGUUAACAGGCCUCAUUCCAGCUGUCUCUGCAUCGACAUAGCCUGUGAGGCAACAGCUGGGCAACAUUCCAUCAGUGGUGGCAUGCCUCCACACCCACUCCUUCCAUGCUCCUGCAAAAUGCAGCACAUGAAAGGAACAUGAAAGGAAUGUAAAGGACUAUGUUAUGUGAUUUCGCCUGUAGGUGCAUGGGUGCAAGCGUCAAUUGUCUUGUAACCUGAUUCUAUGAGGAGACCGAGGAGUAUCAUUGCUUGUGCAAUCGUUGCAGAUUGCACCUCCCAGCACCCAGUAGUGUCAAAUAACGUAGAAAGAACAAAGAGCGGCGGCUGCUAAGAUAGUAGCUUGUUACAAUCACGGCUUUACGCCAUUGGUAUUGGUAGUGUAUAGCAUACCAUCGUUGGUGUACGACGUUCACUUUCACUGCUGUUCAUGACCACAACAAGCUCACCCGCAGCAUUGAAGGAUUGUCUCCCCCUCUCAGCAAACUUUGAGGGGUAUAUAUGUCUUAGGAAGUCGUGGGAGUGUUUUCUUGCCUAUAUGUACUUCCCAUUUGAUGAUGAUUUUGCCUAUUGGGUAAGUCAGCGAUGCAGGUUCUCCUGUCCGCCAGUGUUGGGGAACGAAAGAAAAAAAAAGUAGUUUUCAUUGCCUUCUUUCUUGACGUGCUGGCAACACAUGCACUUUUCCAAUGCGGUAGUGGCAUUGACACUGUUCAUAGACCUUAGUGUGAAGUUUUUUGCACGCUCUUGCUAACCGUUUAUCCAUGCUCUAAAGGGCAGGAAGCCUGUCAGGGCGUACCACUUUGUGUUGGUUCAGGCCGGAGACGGAAAUUGAGACGGCAGCCAGCGCAGCGGUACGCAAGGCACAGAAGUUGUUGGAUACAAUGGAUACCAUUGCAACUGCUGGACAGAGCAUCGCCCUUGUUCGUAGGCCUCUGGUCUGGUCCAGGCUCCCCCACCCUGGCCAGCGUUGCGACGGCUGGGUUGGGGAGGGCCUUGGUUCCUUGCUUGUGGAAGCUGCAGUCUCGUCCCAUUGCAAGGUUUAGGUGGGGGCCAUUUUCUUGUUUUUUGGAGGGUACAGUCAGCUCCCACCACAUGGAGGACUAGAGUGAGGAGCAGCGUAAGGCCAGAGAGCAGGCCAGGUACGUGAAGCGGAAAGAAAUGAAUGUGGUCCUGAAGGAGGAACCUGAGAACGAUGAGCCAGGAGCAGCAGCUGUUGAGAAGGAGGGGGAGAUGGAGACAACUUGUGGGCUUUGCAAAUCUGGAUGAUGCCUGGUUGUUAUCUUUUUUGUGUGGAGAGUCCGUCCCAGGUUUGCGACAUCUCCGUCGAGAAGAAUACUUCGCUUCAAUUCGACGACCUAUGUGUGCACAAGUGUUUGGUUCUCGUCCUGGUAUCAGCUCCGGCAGGAGGUGGCAGAAGGUGCGUCCAUCCAUCCAUCCAUCCACAAGCAGCUGUCAGGCAGGCCGCCAUGUGGUUGGGAUUCAGUGUGGAAGGGGGUUUCCCUUGUGAAGAGCAGGGGUGCAACGACUUCUUGGUUUGAGGUUUGUGGUCCUUCUUUACGCUUUCCAAGUUCUUCAGGAACUGAACUUUGUUCGAGGUUUGAAGCUUGAGCUUGUUCAUCAAUGUUGUGAGUCCGGUAGAAAAGCUUUGUUCUUACUUUGUGCACUUAUGGAGCACUUGAGUUGACGUGUUGUAUUGAUUGAUCACCUGCCUGUCUUUGUCAAUUAGCAGUGCACCCAUCACGUCGCCAAGAAACUGAGCACCACCGUCUCGUGCAUUUUUUACUAGCCGUUCUUGACUUUUGUUUAUGGCUGCCUUAAAUUACCAGCCAUUGCUAGCUCCGACCAAUCUCCCAGCUGUUGACUGCCAGGUGGAUUACGUACAGCAUUCUGCGCAGCAUCAUAUCUGCUGUCCACUGGAACUGGUUUGCUUCACCCCUUGCGAUGGUGGCAGUGGAAGAGCAUGCGCGCAGCAUGGCUUUCAUAAGGCUGGUCAAUGAGAAGCGGCGGUGAGCAGCAACCAGCUGAGCGUGUUGUGUGGAAUGAGGACAGUUGUCAGACGGAUAGGGGUCCCUAUCAAAAUCGUCUCACGUGAAUGCAUUCGUAGGAAUGCUAGAGAUGUGUUUUCCGUAGCUUUAGCUGCAUGCUGCAGUGUCCCUGAGGUUAUUUGUUGAUUAUAAGCUCUCUUGCCGGGAAGCCAGUCGGCGUGAUUGCUGCAUUUGCUGGAGGAUAUGGGGGUCGCGUCUUUAUCCGCACAUCAUUAUUUUUCGGCUUCUUCCACUGGAUUGCUUCAGUUUGGAAGGUGCACUGUUCAUGAGGUUAUUAUUAUUGUUUGUUAAUGGUAGGGGUAGGUAAGCGCUCUUGUCAGAAAGCCUGUCAGUGUGUUGUGAUUGCUCCAUUUGAUGGACAGGACGGUGGUGGUUAUACUUUUAUCUUCUUCAAACUCAUCCACUGGAUUGCUACAGUUUGGAAGGGUGCGGGUUCGAUUCUCAGAGCACUUGACAGGAUGAAGAUUGCAUCUCUUCUGGGUGUCUUUUGACUUUUCUGUUUCGAAAACUUUCGACUGUUGGACAUCGUGUUGGACUACUUCCAUUGAGAAAAAAUGGUCAUGACAGAGAGGACUACAAUCUUCUAGAGAGGAGAGGGAGGGGGGGGGGGUGAGGGAGAGGGAAUAGCACAGGUGUAUCAUUGUCCGCUCGUCGGCGCAUGGGUCGAUCAUGGAGGAAGAAGAGGCAAUCAAUACGAUCUUCUGGAUGAGAAGCUCACAUUUCUCUGUUCGUGUACACGCGCGGUAGUGGCCUUGUCGUACUGCUUUGUUUCACGUCUGCUGCGCUGGUGUAGGACCACGAACGAUCUUCCUACGAGGAGGGAAUGGUGGUGGAUGAGAGGGGGAAAAGUACGUACUCCCUCUGUGCGGGGUCAAAAUGCCAUAAACCCAUGUAUCUGAAUGAAGAAAAAAAAUGAAAAAGGUGUCAUAUGCCCUCUUGCCAUAUCGGUAUUGCACAGGAAGAAGCUAUACCAGCUAUGCGUCCUCCGUCCAUCACUCAGAUGGCGUAAUACAUCUUUGCACCCUAUUUCAUUUGACUUCAUUGCUGUCUUACUUCUUUGUCCUGUACUGCUGAGUUAAGUGUGGCCAUACAGGGUUAGAAACCUGGUUUAUGGUGGAUGUGUUUUGCCGCUGAUAACUUGCACCGCUACAAGAAUGGAAAGUCUUGUACAGAUAUAACUUGGAGUAGUACUAUGGCAGCAUAUGACUACUCAGUAUUUCCUUUGGACCUUUGUUGGUUAGGAAUCUUACUGUGAUGCACAGGAACACUGCCAUGCAACUUCUGGGAAGAGCUUAUGUCGAAUGAUGAUGAUGAUGACGAUGGAUGAGUUACGUUACGCCGGCCGCUCGAAGGGUUUUGCAGAUGGAUGCCUGAUCUUCAAACGGUUGAUCUUUCAUGAGAGAUCAUCAACGAUAGCUGCUAAGAACUGUGUGGGGACUCACUCGCCAUCUCCACAACAGCACGGGUGCCUCUAGCACCGGUCUGUUAC